AAAAUGCAAAAUAUUAACCUCGUCUUCAUUGAGUUGGCAGUGGAGUGAGUGAGUUGUGGGAGGUUUAAGAACUGAAACCCUAAACCCACAACGACGCCGUCUUCCACCGCAACGCCACAUGGGUAGCAGCAGCAAGAAAAGGAACUCCGUUGUUCCCGAGGAACAAACCCUCGCCGCCGACGAUUCUCCCAAACCGCUCAACAAGAAACUGAAGAGCACCACUAGCGAUGAACAAUCUUCAAUCAAGCCCAUGGAGAGGAAGAAGAAGCGGAAAGCCUUGGACAAGGAGAGGCGCCGCGUCACACCGCAAUCCGAGCCCAAACCUGCGCCUCUUCCCGCUGAUUCUCCAAGCACCAGCGGCGGUGGCACUCUCCCGGAGUUUCACAUUGGCGUCUUCAAGGACCUGGCGGCGGCGUCCGUCACGGCGAGGGAAGCCGCCGCGAAGCAAAUGGUGACUGAGCUGAAGGAGGUUCAGAACGCUUACGAUGCGCUUGAGGAGAAGGAUAAUGGAGACGGCGCAUUGAAGCUGGAAGCCGAGAAGGAUGAUGGAUUGGAUAACUGUGCUCCUUCUGUGGGAUACGCUGUUCGUAGGCUUAUUCGUGGUGUUUCUUCAUCCAGAGAGUGUGCUCGCCAAGGUUUUGCUUUAGGUUUAACUGCUGUAGUUGGCACUAUUCAUAACAUAAAGAUUGAAUCGUUCCUUAAACUUGUAGUCAAUUUGCUAGAAGUAACUUCAUCAAUGAAGGGUCAGGAAGCAAAAGAUUGUUUAUUGGGUCGCUUAUUUGCGUAUGGAGCUCUGGCUCGAUCAGGAAGACUUGCACAGGAGUGGAGUAUGGAUAAAAGUACUCCAUACAUAAGAGAAUUUAUCAGUGUACUUAUCUCUCUUGCAAAUAAGAAGCGGUACUUGCAGGAGCCUGCUGUCUCAAUAAUUUUAGACAUGGUUGAAAAGUUGCCUGUCGAAGCAUUGGUUAAUCAUGUUCUUGAAGCACCUGGGCUCCCGCAGUGGUUUGAAGCUGCUAUAGAUGUAGGAAAUCCUGAUGCUUUGCUCCUUGCUUUAAAAGUUCGAGAGAAGAUUUCUAUUGACAGUGCCGUAUUUGGCAAACUGCUGCCAAAUCCAUUCAGUGUUAGCCAAUUUUUCUCUGCUGAUCACCUCUCCUCCCUGAGUAAUUGCUUGAAGGAAUCAACUUUCUGUCAGCCCCGUGUUCAUAGUGUCUGGCCAGUUUUGGUAAAUGUUCUUUUACCCAACACUAUUUUGCAAUUAGAAGAUGCAGCAUCGGCUUCCAAUUCAUUAAAGAAACACAAAAAGAGUCGAAAAUCUAGCUCUUCUGAUGAAGAGAUUGCAAAGAAUCUUCGGUCUUUUUGUGAAAUAGUUAUUGAAGGAUCUCUUCUCAUCUCAUCUCAUGAUCGUAAGCACUUGGCUUUUGAUGUUCUGUUUCUUCUUCUCCAAAAGCUGCCUGCAUCUUUAGUUCCGGUUCUUCUGUCAAACAAAGUUGUUCAGUGUCUGGUGGAUGUACUAUCGACAAAGAACACAUGGCUGUAUAAAGUUGCACAGCAUUUUCUUAAACAGUUGUCAGAUUGGGUCGGGGAUGAUGACGUUAGAAGAGUUGCUGUUAUAGUGUCCAUACAGAAGCAUAGCAAUGGGAAAUUUGAUCGUAUAACACGAACAAAACAUGUUAAAGAUUUUAUGUCACAGUUCAAAACUGAACCUGGUUGCAUGCUUUUUAUUCAGAACUUAAUGAAUCUGUUUGUGGACGAAGGUAAUGCCCUGGAGGAACCUUCAGAUCAGAGUCAAACUACAGAUGAAAAUUCUGAAAUAGGAUCUAUUGAGGAUAAGGAUUCUCCUAGGACCAAUGGGAAUUCUGACUUUUUAAAGAGUUGGGUUAUAGAAUCCCUACCCAGUAUUUUGAAAUUCUUGAAGUUAGAUCAUGAAGAGAAGUUCCGAGUUCAGAAAGAAAUCAUGAAGUUUCUGGCUGUUCAGGGUCUGUUCACUGCAUCUCUUGGCUCUGAGGUAACUUCGUUUGAGUUACAGGAGAGAUUGAGGUGGCCCAAAUCUCCCACGUCCAAUACUCUUUGCAAAAUGUGUAUAGACCAGCUGCAAUUGUUAUUGGCCAGUGCUCAGAAAGGGGAGGGUCUGCAUCCCUUGACUAAUAGCAGUGAGCCAAAUGAUCUUGGUUCAUACUUCUUGAAAUUCUUUGGCACCUUAUGCAACAUUCCUUCAGUUUCCCUCUUUCGAUCUUUAGAUGGUGAGGAUGAAAAGGCAGUAAAAAAUUUGCAGGCAAUGGAGGCAAGAUUAUUGAAAGAGGAAAGGAGCCACGACUGUAGCACUGGUGCUAAUAGAUUGCAUGCACUGAGAUACUUGCUUAUCCAGCUGCUUCUACAAGUGCUUAUUCGUGCAGGUGAAUACUCAGAAGCUGCAUCUGAACUCAUCAUUUGUUGUAAGAAGGCCUUUUCUGCCUCUGAUCUUCCCGAGUCCCCUGGUGGUGAUAUGGAGAUUGAUGAUGCUCCUGAAUUGAUGGAUGUUCUUGUGGAUACAUUACUCUCCCUGCUUCCACAGUCAUCAGCUCCUAUGCGGUCUUCCAUUGAACAGGUAUUUAAAUAUUUCUGUGGUGAUAUCACUGAUGAUGGAUUGAUGCGGAUGUUGCGUGUCAUUAAGAAGAAUUUAAAACCUGCAAGACAUCCAGAUGCAGCAAGUGCAGAAGAUGAUGAUGAUGAUGAUGAUGAUGACUUUCUCAAUAUUGAAGAUGAAGAAAUUGAUCAAGCUGAGAUAGGUGAAACGGGUGAGAGUGAUGGGCAGACAGAUGACUCUGAGUCAGUAGUUGAGGUGGAUGAGACUGAUCGUGUUCAUUCUGAAGCUUCCGAUGAUUCUGAUAGUGGGAUGGAUGAUGAUGCAAUGUUCAGGAUUGAUACAUAUCUUGCCCAGAUAUUUAAAGAGAAAAAAAAUCAAUCUGGAGGUGAAACUGCCCAUUCCCAGCUUGUGCUGUUCAAACUUCGAAUCCUUUCAUUGUUGGAGAUUUUCCUUCAUGAAAAUCCAGGUAAGCCUCAGGUUCUUAUGGUUUACUCAAAUUUGGCUCAGGCUUUUGUUAACCCUCAUACAGCAGAAGUUAGUGAGCAGCUUGGACAGCGUAUAUGGGGAAUUUUACAAAAGCAGAUAUUUAAAGCAAAGGAUUAUCCUAGGGGUGAUGGAGUCCAGUUGUCCACUCUUGAAUCUCUGUUGGAAAGAAAUUUGAAACUAGCUUCAAAACCAUUUAAAAGACAGAAGUCUGCAUCUAACACAUCAAAAAAAUCAGCUGCAUGGAACCGACAGAAAAUGGUUUCUUCCCUUGCCCAAACUUCCACCUUCUGGAUUUUGAAAAUUGUGGAUUCAAGAAAUUUUGCAGAGUCUGAGUUGGAGAGGAUUGUUCAAAUUUUCCGUGAAGUGUUGGUGGGAUAUUUUGACAAUAAGAAGUCUCAAAUUAAAUCCGGAUUUUUGAAAGAAAUAUUUCGAAGACGACCAUGGAUUGGACAUGCUGUGCUUGACUUUAUUUUGGAGAGAUGUGGAAGCGCUAAAUCAGACUUUCGACGAGUGGAAGCACUUGAUUUGGUAAUGGAAAUAUUGAAGUCACUGGCAACAGGGAAUAGUGAUGAACAGAGUGCAUCCAAAAAAAUUCUUAAAAACAGUUUGGAUAAACUUUCUCAUCUAAUGAAAGAAUUAGUGACUAAUAUGCCAAGUAAACCAGCAAGGCGGACGGAGGUACAGAAGUUUUGUGUCAAGGCCUUGGAGUUCUUGCCUAAGUUCAACCUCACCAAACAAUUUGUUAAAAUUUUGGCACCGGAUACUCGAGUUGCCCUUGAGACGCAUCUUGGUGAGCACUUCAUUACCUUGAAGAAGUCAGAAAAAUAAACACAGAAAUUUGCCCAUUUGAUGACUCUGGAAAUGCGGGAUGAAAAUACAGGGCCGUUCAAAAAGAGGCAAUCCCUGAUACUAUCCAUUGUUCUACCCGCAGCCCGCAGCUUUUGUAUGAUGGGAACGAUACUCCGAACACCCUUUUAAGUGUUUGCAGUAAGAAUUUUUGAUAAAUUUUAAAAUUGUUAUUCUUGUUUAUCUUUUGGAUACGAUUUGAUUUUGUAAACUUAACUGUGUUUCACAUUAGGACGUUUUGAGUUGGUAACAGAUAUGAACUUAUAUGGUGCUUAAGUUUUAUCUUUAAUAUCUUUUGUUUGUUAAUUAAUAUCUUCAAAAGCAAAACAUGUGUGUUUAUUUUAA